CGGGCCCCCUCCAACUCUGCAGCGAUGCAAGAUCGACGUACGAUGGAUUCCUAUUCUAUGCUUUUUUGGUGUCCAUGUUUCGUUGAUCACAAAUUGUGCCACUAUUGUGAGAAGGACGCCAAGGUCAGCAUCGUCAUGGCAGCCGGACGCGAUCUCACGAGAGCUAUUAUUACGACUCGGCAGGAUUAUACCACUGUACGGAGACAAUCGACAACACGUCAGUGGUGCUACAGCUAGAGGCAUACUCGACUGAUUUCGGAAUCCUGAGAGAAGCGGCUCUAUGCUUAGUGGGAACGUUCUAGUUAUGGCAAACCACCGCGAGCCUAGUUAAGACGAGGUGCAAUGGGACUACCUGUCUCCAUUCGAAAUAUCAAUAUAAAGGUCGUGUCUAUCCAGCUUCCAUGAUUCAAUUUUCUCAUCACCAUCAUCAUCAUCAUCACCACUAAAGCUCUUCAUUCGGCUCUUACACUACUACAACCAUCAAAGCAUUUUAUUCCACACAGCUCGCGUUGACCAACCCACGCCAUUACUUCCAUUAUUACUUCAUCAUGCAGUUCAACGUCGGAUCUCUCGUCUUCCUAGGCAUCACCGCCUUCGGCAGCCUUGCGAGUGCCCAACAAGCAGUCGCCUUCGGCCAGCAACUCCAGAACAACGACCAGACCAACCACUGGGUCACUUGGGUCGAGGGCGAACACGCGUGCCCCGGCAUGCAAGUCUUAAACGUUCUCACAGAAGCCCCUUGUGACCAGCCGUUCAGCCUCGGCGAGGUGAUGUAUACCUUCACCGGCUGCUCCGGCGACGGCGGCGCCCCCACCGCCCUUCUUGACUCCGGCGGCCUCCAGAUUGGCGGAUGCUCGUCUAACGACAACGACAAGAUCAACUGCCACGACGGCCUCCACGAUAUCAUCAAGCACGGCACCUGUGUUAUUGUCAACGGCGCGUAGGCUGGAUCUGGUCGUAUGGACCUACCAGCGUCAGCAACUGGGUGACAUUCGAAUAUAGGAGGAUUUUUGUUUAGGUCGAGAUGCCACAAAGACAAUUCAUCUCGUCUUGUGGCGUCUCCACGAAGCGUUCCCUUCACUCUUCUGGUUUAUGUGUUUAUAGUGUAGCAAGUAUAUGAGAGAAGCCCGUUAUUGGGGGGUGGGUGUCACAAUAGAUCUUGUUCUUCGAAAGCCUUCUUUUGAAACUUGUUUUACUAUAUCGUCGAAACUUGUGACGCAGAUGACAGUCUCUUCCACCAGAAAGAUAUUUGUGCUCAUACAUAAUAUGUCCUUAUACAUCUGAG